AUGACGCCGGUCGUAAUGGUCUCACCGAAUGCAAAACCGGAAGAAAAGGUUGACGUAAAGCUUCUUGUCUUCGGAAUAGCCUCUUUCUUCUUUUCCAUUUACUUCGCCGUCGUUUUCUACCGUCGUUACGUCUGGGGCCUCAGAUGGUGCGAUUCGUUCGCCUUGACUCAACGUCAUGUGCCACGCAUCGAGAUCGCCAAUCGUACUCACCGCGAUGAGGACAUCGAGUCGGCACCGAGGAAGGCAACCGUCGUCAGAUUCAAAGUCGACGGAAAGGUUUUGGGAGACGACGAAUAA